AUGCCAGUUGUUCAGCCUGGAGGAUUAGUCCUCAUCACUGGGGCAUCAGGAUUCAUCGCGGCCCACACGAUAGGUGUUUUUCUUGAUGAGGGAUUUCGCGUUCGUGGCACCGUUCGCAGCCAAGCCAAAGGAGAAUAUCUCAAGAAUCUGUUCAAGAAAAAGGCGGGUUCUUUUGAUUACUGCAUCGUGGAGGAUAUCUCAGAGGUAAGCUCACAAGUUGAAAGCACUGGUAUCGGAAAAAGGGGAAAACAAGAGCAAUGA